AUGGCCCACCACACGCGGCUCAACUCCUACGACUCGCCAGUACUACGGGCCGCAGAGAAUGGCUACCCACCAGAGAACCUCGUCUCGCACGAGGACGAAGAGGAAGAGUUGGAGCAGAUACGACGGUAUGAGGACUUUCGGACAAUUGAUUGGAUACACGACUCUAUGCUUGAGCGCAACCGCCGCAUGCGACAGAAAAAAGCAAUGCGACACCCAUUCCGUAACCCGGACGGAUCGUUCUCCUGGGAUUGGCUGCGAUACCAACUUCGUUGGGCCGGAAGAAUGGGGCAGGACUCUUUCAUCGUCACUGCUGUCGGAGCUGUGAUCGGUAUCACCUCGGCGCUAAUCAGUAUAUUGACCGAGUGGUUAUCCGACCUGAAGAUGGGUUACUGCUCGGACGGGUGGUGGCUCAACCAACAGUUCUGUUGCUGGGAGAUUGAUAACAUUGAGGGUGGACGGUGUAGGGCAUGGCGCGUGUGGACGCCGUCCAGCGCGCUGAGCUACUUGAUAUACGUCAUUGUUGCCGCCCUCUUCUCAUUCCUCGCAGCGCAUCUGGUAAAAAGCUACGCGAAGUACGCGGCCGGAUCUGGUAUCUCCGAGAUCAAAUGCAUCCUCUCCGGAUUUGUCAUUAAGGGAUAUCUGGGUAUCUGGACAUUCGUUAUCAAAGCACUUACACUGCCCCUUGUCAUCGCUUCUGGUCUCUCAGUGGGAAAGGAGGGUCCAUCCGUGCAUAUAGCAGGAUGCGUAGGAAACAUCAUUGCCCGGUGCUUCCCCUCCUUCCGACGAAGUGAAAGCAAGAUGCGCGAGAUCCUCACAGCAGCAAGUGCCACUGGAGUCGCGGUCGCAUUCGGCUCACCAAUUGGAGGAGUGAUGUUCUCCAUCGAGGAGAUGAGUCAUAUAUUCACAAUCAAGACCAUGUGGAAAAGCUUCUUCUGUGCUUUGGUGGCGACGGUUACGUUAUCUUUUAUGAAUCCAUAUCGAACCGGAAAGCUUGUAUUGUUCCAAGUUAGAUAUGAUCGAGAUUGGCAUUUUUUUGAGAUUUUCUUCUUUGUUAUCAUUGGGAUAUUUGGAGGUCUGUACGGUGCCUUUGUGACGAAGUUCAACCUUCAAGUUGCUGCUUUUCGGCGAAAGCAUCUGGCAUCCUAUCCAGUCGCAGAAGCCGUUAUUCUGGCUACUGUCACGGCGGUUUUUGGCUACUUCAAUCGUUUCCUUCGCAUUGACAUGAACGAGAGCCUUGCGAUCCUCUUCAAGGAAUGCUCAGGAGGUGGAGACUAUGAGAAUCUUUGCCAGACUUGGGCCCAGUGGCCAAUGGCCAAUUCUCUUUUCAUUGCUACUAUAUUCCGUAUCGGUUUUGUCAUUGUCUCGUAUGGAGCCAAGGUGCCUGCUGGCAUUUUCGUCCCAUCGAUGGCGAUCGGAGCCACCUUUGGACGAAUGGUGGGAAUCAUUGUAAAAGCUAUGUACCAAGCAUAUCCGACUUCUGGGUGGUUUGCAGCAUGCCAACCAGAUGCGCCCUGCAUCACACCCGGAACAUACGCGUUACUCGGCGCAGCAGCAGCAUUAGGUGGCAUCAUGCGCCUCACCGUAACAGUCGUAGUGAUCAUGUUCGAACUUACGGGUGCCGCGACAUACAUCCUUCCACUUAUGAUUGUUUUGCUCGUGACGCGAGCAGUUGGUGAUCUUUGUGGGGCAAGCGGUAUUGCGGACGAGAUGAUCCGCUUCAAUGGAUUCCCUUUCUUGGAGAAAGAAGAACAGUCGUACGACGUAACAGUAUCGAGUGUCAUGCAUCGAGAGUUAGUUACUCUGAGCGCUACUAUGAGACUGGGCGACAUCAAGCAUAUAUUGGAGACGACCACUGUGCAAGGAUUUCCGGUGCUCAACUCGCACAGUAAGGUCCUGCGUGGAUACAUUGGACGAACCGAACUGCUCUUUGUCAUCAGCAAAGCCCGUCGAGCAGGCAAUCCAUCUCCCAACACUUUGUGCGAACUGGCCACUGAAGAACACAUCCAUGAGACGGGACAGCCUGAACUUCCGCUGAUCACACCUACGCCUCUUGACGGACAUCUUGGGCCUAUGGGCAUAGAGGAGGAUGAGGCAGCUCCGGAGGCAAUAGAGGAUCUUAGCAUCCUGCCAAACGAGCGCUUGAACUUCAAGCCUUGGGUGAACAAGACCCCAUUGACCGUGGCACCUCAACUCCCACUUGAAAUUGUGAUGCAAUUAUUCAAGCGAAUGGGACCACGAGUCAUUCUCGUAGAGCGAUACGGAAGCCUCGUCGGUCUCAUCACUAUCAAAGACGUGCUGCGAUAUACUGCAGAGACAGAGCACGCACAGUCCCUUUCAAACCGAUACGACGAAUGGAGCUCCCUCGAUAGCACCCUAGUAGAGGCAUAUUCUUGGUGGAAAGAUACCCAGCAUGAUGCAUUAGACCGGAUGCGUCAAUGGGCGCGUGUCGUACGACGAAGAUGAAAAGACACUAGUACUUUGUAAUAACUAUACCCUUCAU